GCUCCAGGCGAGGCCGCCGCCUGAGGCUCCGGUGGCGCUCGGUGGCAGCGGCGGUGGCGCUUCCCGCCGCCCGGGCUUCGGAAACUUCCCGGCCGCGACGCGCGGAGCCGGCGCAGGAAGCCGAGCGGAUCCGGGGUGAGCGGAGGUGAGCGGAGGUGCCUCUGGCUCGCCUUUGGCGCCAGCAGCUCGCGUCCUGAGGCCCCCUGGGUGCCAAGCUAAAGCGAUCCUGAGUCUCCCCAGCGACUGGCUUGGCCUCUUCCCUAAGAGAUAGAGAAGGCACUUGGGGUGCAAGCGAGCAUUUCUUCUGGGAGCGCCGGCCAGGCCCUGCGCGGGGGGCUGGGGCAGCCUGGGGCCGCUCCGCCUUGGAGGAACUCCCAGUCCUGCGAGGAGCCCGACCGGGAAAGGCAGAAAGCAUCCGCGGCGGAAAGUGGAUCUGUGGACGAGGCGCCGGAUCUGCCAGGGACGCUGGCGCUGGGACUUGUGCUCCCGGCCAUGUGACUGGGCCGCCACAGCCGAAACCCUGCCCGCCGCUCGGCCCGGCGGGAACCGGGCGCUUCGGGGAGAGGAGUCUUCAUCCGCGGCCCUGAACCUGGUUAUCGUAAACGUUGGCCUGCCCGCGGUUUUGCGUCCUCCGCGGCUUAGUUUCCCAUCUGGUGGUGCCCGUCCUGUGUGCCUGCCUUUACUCGGUUCCCUGCGGUCGAUUCCCAGAAGUGGCCAGAGGGUGUAGGUGUCUUCGUAGCUCUGGACGCCUAUGACCAAAUGAAUACCCAGAAGGGCCACACAGAUAGAGAAUCCUCCAGCAGCAGCAGUAGAGCAGCAGGCUGACUCUGCAGCAUCGUUGGCAGCACUGAGUGUACUCAUUGGGAGAACAUUUUACCAAUGUGACAGCGCCAGCGGUCCGACGUGCCCGGAGCCGCGAGCCCAUGGAGGGGCUGGGCCGCUCGUGCCUGUGGCUGCGUCGGGAGCUGUCGCCCCCGCGGCCGCGGCUGCUGCUCCUCGACUGCCGGAGCCGCGAGCUGUACGAGUCGGCGCGCAUCGGCGGGGCGCUGAGCGUGGCCCUGCCCGCGCUGCUGCUGCGCCGCCUGCGGCGGGGGAGCCUGUCGGUCCGCGCGCUCCUGCCCGGGCCGCCGCUGCAGCCGCCCCCGCCCGCCCCGGUGCUGCUGUACGACCAGGGCGGCGGCCGGCCCCGGCGCGGGGAGGCCGAGGCCGAGGAGUGGGAGGCCGACUCGGUGCUGGGCACCCUGCUCCAGAAGCUGCGGGAGGAAGGCUACCUGGCGUACUACCUGCAGGGUGGCUUCAGCAGAUUCCAGGCCGAAUGCCCCCACCUGUGUGAGACCAGCCUCAGCGGCCGCGGCGGCACAAGCACAGCCCCGGUGCCCAGCCCGGUGGUGGGGCUGGGCGGCCUGUGCCUGGGCUCCGACUGCUCUGACGCCGAAUCCGAGCCUGACCGCGACUCGCUGAGCUGUGGCCUGGAUUCCGAGGGUGCCACCCCGCCCCCCGCGGGGCUGCUGCCAUCCUUCCCCGUCCAGAUCCUGCCCAACCUCUACCUGGGCAGCGCCCGGGAUUCAGCCAACGUGGAGAGCUUGGCUAAGCUGGGCAUCCGCUACAUCCUCAACGUGACCCCCAACCUGCCCAACCUCUUCGAGAAGAACGGCGACUUCCACUACAAGCAGAUCCCCAUCUCAGACCACUGGAGCCAGAACUUGUCCCAGUUCUUUCCUGAGGCCAUCGCCUUCAUUGACGAGGCCUUAUCCCAGAACUGCGGGGUGCUCGUGCACUGCCUGGCAGGCGUCAGCCGCUCUGUCACCGUCACCGUGGCCUACCUCAUGCAGAAGCGCCACCUGUCACUCAACGAUGCCUACGACCUGGUCAAGCGGAAGAAGUCUAACAUCUCCCCCAACUUCAACUUCAUGGGGCAGCUCCUGGACUUCGAGCGCAGUCUGCGGCUGGAGGAAAGGCGCGCCCGGGAGCGCAGCAGCGGGGGGCAGGAGUCCGCUGCCUCCGACCCGCCCUCUUUCUUCACCACCCCCACCAGCGAUGGUGUCUUCGAGCUGGACCCCACAUAGGGCCCCGUCCCACCCCCGCAUGGGUGCCCUCGCCCACCCAUGAGCGGGGCGGUGGGGGGUGAGGAGGGAGGGGGUCUCAGCCAUAAGCAGGGGGUGGGGGGUGCGCAAUACCUCAUGGGAGGGCUGUUGGGAAGAGGCCGGAGCCAGGAGCCCCUCCAGAGUGGCCGCGGGGAGACACCUGUCCUACCCACUUUUAACAUCCACGGGAAUCCUAUUAAAUGUGCCUAUAAGCCGGGCCCAGGGCCGCCAGCCUGACCCGCGCCGCUUUCGGGCGGAACCACGCUCCAGAACCUGCCUCUUCUGCGACUGUUACCUUUUUCUUUAGGGGGGUGAGGGUGGGGGGAUUCCCGUUCCAAGGGACCAUCCAGAUGGCUGCCCGUUCCUGGGCCUCGAGCCUCCCUGUGGCUUCUCCUUUCAGAAGGGUGUGUGCUUGCUCUGGCCCCCUCGUUUGCUGCAGAGACCUGCCCCCAGUCCCAUCCCUGUCCCCAGAUGGCUGCUCCUGGGGAGGCUUCCCCACCAGUUAGUCCCCUCCCUGCUUCUCUGCCAAGGCCUCAGGCCUCUUGGGGCGAGGGCCUCCCAGGAGAUGCGGCACCGGGGGUGGGGUGCCCCCCCACCCCCCCGCCGGCAGCGCAGGGUUCACGUGGACCGCCCCUCUCUGGGUGGCUCCUUGGUGGGCGCACCUCAGGGGAGGGUGCGGGCCUGGGGGCUGCCGCGCGGGUUCCUGGCCACACAUCUGGCGCCCUGUUUAUCCACUUGACGUUUGAAAAGAUGCCUUUUUUUCCUCUUCCCCCAGAUGUCUUAACGGGAUCACUGGGGCUCUUUGUGACUGAGGGUGGCCAAACUGCUGCCGCGGGAGAUGGGGGUCUCGGAGCAAGAGCUGGGGGCGGGGAAGGGGAAGAAGGCCUGGAUUUUGCCGCUGCGGGUCCCACACAGCCACGGUUGGCCUGGGGGGGCGGGGAAGGGGCCAAGCUGCAUAUACAGAGUCAUUCAUUGCAGCGCACACCCCUCGCGGGCGGCGCGCAUGCAUGUGUGUGUGCAUGUGCCAGUGCUCACACACGCACGCCAGCCUGUUUCCACACCCAGCCCGGGGCCGGCAGUCCCUGCUGCCUGCGGGACCAUCUCACCCUUGGGAAUCCACACCACGGUUGCUUUCUUUAAUUGUUCCUGAAUAAACGGUUUAUGUAAGAUACUGA